AGUAUUUAACGUUCGCAAAACUAAAACUUCUCUUGCCCUAAGCCACAUUCAAUAUAUUUCUUAAAAUAUACAGUAAAAAUUGAAUAUUUAAAAAGAUGAACAGCGAUGAUUCAGUCGACUUCACAGAGUUGAUUAGUUGCAAGAGCAGGUGCGAGGAACUAGCUCUGCCCAAUGUGCAACACAUCAAGGAUAUACGCGAGUUCAUGUCCGAUCCGGAAAACUUCAACGGCGACAUCGAUGACUUGACUGAACGACUGACAGCUAAAGCAGAGCAAUGUCAUAAUGUGCUUGAAAUCUUAAAGGGCAGGCUGCAAAUAAAAACGCUGGCCUUAAAAAAGAUUAAGGAGGAUAUUUUACAAUUAAGUUUGGAGGUCAAAAAGCCUAAGGCAGACAAUCGAUUUGCGAUGAAUGGCGAGAAAGUAAGAAUUCUUUUUCUAGACGAAACGGAGGCUCAUGAAUACGAGGCACUCGAAGCUCUGGAUCGUUACAGUAUCAAGAUGAGCUCCCUCUUUUCCGAGAUUCUAGCUUUGGACAGCGAUGUGGACUGCGUCACCUAUCUGGAGGGAGUUUCCCGUAUCAACAUAGACUAUGUCAAGGACUGGUAUAAAAGUGAGACUCAAGAUAAAAAUGAAAUGGGCGAUGGACCCACAACAAACAAGAAUAGUUUUGAAGCUCUUUUAGCAAAAUUUCUUUUUUAGUUUAUUUUAUCAAUUCAUUGUUUUAAGCCA